GAUGAUGCCGGCUGGUGUCAGGCUCCUGGCCUGGGGCUGGCUGCUCCUGCCCGUCUGCAGGGCGCUGGAAGACUGUGCCGCCUGCGUCUUCCCCUUCAUCUACCAGGGGCGAUCGUACCCCACGUGCACCCAGGAUGGGAGCUGGGCCGGGUGGACGCUGUGGUGCGCCACCACCGCCAACUACGACCAGGACUCCCGCUGGAAGCGCUGCUAUGAUACGGAGUAUGGAGGCAACACAGAUGGCCAGCCCUGCGUCUUCCCCUUCGUGUACCGGGGCCGGGCGUUCUACACCUGCACCGACGAGGCCGCCAAGCCACGCAGGUUCUGGUGCGCCACCACCGGGAGCUAUGACCGGGAUCGGCGCUGGAGCUACUGUGCUGACACCUUACUGGCCGGCAAUUCCACGGCUCCCUGCGCCUUCCCGUUCACCUACCAGAACCGGACCUACCUGGGCUGCACGGCACAUGGGGACGCCAGCGGGAGGCCCUGGUGUUCUCUGACCAGAAACUACGACGUGGACCAGAAACGCAUGUACUGUCUGGACUCAGAUGGGCGCCCGGCUGACACAGUGGAGACCCCAGCCCUGGCCUCGCUCCCCCCACCUUUCUCCAGAGCCAGCAGGUGGGGAGCAGAGCAGGGCCGGCGGGGGAGGAAGAGACGCUGGGCGAGAAAGUCCACGGGCCAGUCAAGAUCCAGCCAUUAACACAUGUGACGUGGCUGCGUGGCUACUCCAGAACCUUCCCCCUGCACCCGGAGCCGCGAAAGCCUAGAGAAAAGGGUGUUAAAAUCCAGCCCCUAGCGGCCUGCAUUUUGCUGGGCUUUGCUCCUGUCUCUGUCCCCUUGCCUGUCCUGCUCCCCCUGGCAGCCAUACACCCCCUGCAUCCAGCUCCCACGCUCACACAGACCCUCGGAGCCCCCUGCUCUGUGGACAGCUGGGCCCUGCAGCCUGGAUGUCUGGGGAUGUGGCUCUGCCUGGGCAGACCUGAGGGCACUGUGAGGGGCUGGCGUGGACUGACUUGUGAACUCUGCUACUGCACUGGCACUGCCAUGGCGAGGGCCCGGCUGAUCAUCCCGGCUCCCCCCGGCCCUGGGGCCUGUCCUGGGAAUUCAGCUGCCCCGGGGGGAGGGAGCUUCAAGUCACCGGUGGCUGUGUCACGCUCAGGGCCAGUGGCACUUGUACAUCUCCGCCUCUGCUUCCCUCGGCCAGUCACAGCAAAGGUCUCUGGCCCCUGCUGGUGUCAGCCCAAAUCCCGGCCCAGAGCGAUACCUGCACAGAGAUGGAGGCCGGCCGGCAGCCGGCUCCUGCCAAGAGACCAGUCGCUGGAGGGGAGAGAGUGAGGCACCGAGCCAAGCCCGGACACAGACAGAGCCCCCCACGGCGACCAAGGGGAGAGGGAGGCCCCGGUGGGUGAAGCCUGUCCUGUGUUUUGGGGGGAUCGAUCAGGCCCCUGGCUAACAGGACGGAGGAAGCGACAAUUGCCCUCUGCGAUGGGCGUGUAGACAGUCAUAACCAAUGUGGUUUCUGUGCUAGUCCGUCUCCCCCGCGGCCGUCAAUGUCGCUGCCUUCCUUGGGGUGUGGCCAGCCCCCUCUGGACUCCCGUUUUCCCAUUAAGGGACUGGCCCUGGGCCGUGUUCACCCCGUGGUUUGAUGCUGCCGACGAUUUAACGCAGGUGUCGCUGCGUGCUCAUGUCACCGGCCGUGCUUUGCCAUUGGUUUGGGGCAGGGCUGGUUGGACCCUUCGUUAGCUGGGGAAGGCUUGCAGGAGUUUCCCCUCCACGCCGUGUCCUUCUGAUUUGGUUUUUCUUUGCUCAUUAGCUGAAUAAAAUCUCCAGCGCACACGGCACCGCUUGGCUUCAUAAGCAAUUCGGGUUGGAACCAGAGAGAAUCUUUGGCACGUUGCAGCUGACUCAGGGGCCCAGAGAUUUCCCCCCAGCUCACCUCCAAGUUCACCAUUUGAUUUUAACUGCUUGUCCGGGCCAGGACGUCCCCUGAACGGUGACUCUGCCCCAGUGCAGCCCCGUCCCGCACAGACUUAAGCAAGCGGCACCUGAGGCCCAGCUCCAUGUGCAGUGUCUGUCCAGUGCCACGUGCCCCUUACCUGUUUCAGGAGCAGGAUAGUGAGCGACCUGGGGACUGGCCCAGCUCCCGUCAGACGGGGGAUCUGGCAUCGGAGACUCACCCACAGAACCAUGCGUUCCUCACCCCCUAUGU